UGACCCCAGCUCACGACCCUACACACCAUGGAUCCCGCAAAAUUGGCGAAGCUGCAGGCGCAGGCCGCGGCGAACAGGAUCGGUGGUAAGGGGACCGUGCGCCGCAAAAUCGUGCGGAAGACAAAGCCCUCGACGGCGCAGGACGACAAAAAGCUCCAGGGCGCACUCAAGAAGCUCAACGUCCAGCCGAUCCCUGGCGUUGAGGAGGUCAACAUGUUCCGCGAGGACGGGAAUGUUCUGCACUUCACCGCGCCAAAAGUGCACGCGGCGGUCACUGCCAACACGUUCGCGGUCUACGGCACCGGCCACGUGAAGGAGCUCACCGAGCUCGUCCCGGGCAUCCUCAACCAGCUCGGCCCCGACUCGCUCGCGUCGUUGCGCAAGCUCGCAGAGUCGUACCAGGCCAUCCAGCAGAACCAGCAGCGGCCACCAAACGCGGCUGCUGACGACGACGAUGACGACGUGCCCGACCUCGUCGAGAACUUCGACGCGGUCGAGGACAAGCCCACGGAGAAGACCAGUGAACUCGAGGACCUCAAUUGAGCGAUCGCAGACGCGGAGGUGAGGAGGGAAGGAGCGGUGUUGUGAGUGACAAGACGGGCUGUUGCUGGUCGGGGCCAGGAGCGGGUCCGGGGGCGGACGAGGAAACCCAUGCAUGCCGUUUGUAUUCUCAGUCACGUAUUCGCCUUUCGCCGCCAAAAUUCUUCCGUCUCGUCUCCGUGAUAUAUGCUAUCUUGGCUCUUUUACUCGUCUCUGCUUCAUUGGUGGUUGUCAUCUAUAGCGUUUCUGUUCUCUCUGCAUAUGACGCGAAUGACUGCAUUGUAAUCUGAUUGCACCAGGAUUGACAAAACACUCGGCGAUUA